GUUUGCCUCGCCGGUUGACUGGAGAUCAUCUCGUUCAUCUUGAGUAGUCCACCAUCAUCACCUAUUUUAUUUCAAUUAUUCUCAGCCUUUGACGGGCCCUUAAAGUCCUUGAUGGCAGAUUUUCCGGUGUCCCCCCAGGCCCACAACGGCAAUGGCACAUAUAUUCCCAACGAAAGAGCCCAAGAAUUCAUCCAUCGCAUCCUAGAUACGGCCUUGAACGAAAUUAUAGCCCAUGGAGUACCUGCCAUUACUCUGAAGCAAAGACCAACUGGAGCACGCUUCUUCAUCAAUCCGACCAACGGUGCCCUGGAGCCCAGUGGGACAGAAGCAGAUACAUACACGACUUAUUCCUUCCCUGGAAAGGAUGCCUACGAAGCUUGGCGAUUUACUAUUGCAGUUCGAGUUCUAGCGAUUAUCGCCGAUGCCCUCCAUUCGCAGCUGGUGAUUUCCAAGAGAGACAUUUACUAUUGUGACCCUGCCGGUUUCGGUUCGCAGAGAGUCGUUGAUGACUUGAUCGAAGACAUCGCGCAUACCAUUGGAGUGAACAGGCUGGCCCUGAACGUGGAAGCAGCAGCAAAAGGGCUCGCUGUGGGUUGUUACUGCAUGAAGACAAGAUCACAUACCAUAAUUGACGCAAAGACAACCACAGAGGACAUCCUUAUUCCAAGAUUGGAAGACAUCGACGAAAUUGACAUCUCAGGAGUCGACUGGGUUUUAAUCCUGGAGAAAGAGGCAGUUUUCCAUAGAUUGGCAAGGGGCGGAUAUCACACCAAAGCAGCUAUGGGGAGAGGUAUUCUGGUAACGGGAAAGGGCUACCCAGACCUUUGUACUCGAGCUUUCGUUCGCCGGCUUUCAGAUGCCAGAGCUUCUUGUGAUUCUAGGCCACUCUUUUACAUUCUCGUCGACGGUGAUCCAGAUGGCAUGGCUAUUAUGUCCACGUACAAAUACGGCUCUAAGGCGCAUGCCCAUGAAAAUGCAAGACUAAACGUCCCGCAUAUUCGUUGGUUAGGUCUUCGUAUAUCUGACGUGGUGAUGAGUGCAGAUCCAGAGGACGAUGAUUCCUUCGUGCAGAUGACUGCAAGGGACAGGAAGAAGGCCGUGGCAAUGCUGAAGAACAGCCCUGUAUGGGCAGUUGAUGGGCCAGAGCCUGAAUGGCGUGGGGAGCUGCAGCUAAUGCUCAUGCUGAAUUUGAAGGCCGAGACUGAGAUCAUGUAUGACCGGACAGGCGGACUUGAAGAGUGGCUUGAUCAGAAGAUGAGUUCUUUUCCUUGAUCAUGGACUUCACAAUCCUAAAUCUCUUGGCUUGGUAUGCUACAGGCCAAGAACAAUUUAUUUGAC